AUGCAUCUCGAUAACUUAAUUAUAGACUGGAUUGAUGAAAACGAUCCUGAAAAUCCACUAAAUUGGUCAAUUAGCCAGAAAAUAAUAUUCACGUUUUUAAUUGGAUUUUUUACAAUUUCAGUGUAUAUGAGUUCUGCAUUGUAUACACCAGGGAUCGAAGAAUUAAUGACUGACUUAAAAUGCAGUCACACUGUUGCUACAUUACCAAUGUCUUUAUUCGUGAUUGGUUAUGGUAUAGGGCCAAUGCUUUUUAGCCCAUUAUCAGAGAACGCUACUAUUGGAAGAACAGUCAUUUAUAUUAUAACACUUUCUAUCUUCUUUAUUUUACAAAUAAUAAUAGCAAAUUUGAAGGAUAUUGCAUCCCUUUGUAUUCUUCGAUUUUUUGCCGGAAUUUUUGCAUCUCCUAUAUUAGCUACAGGAGGAGCUUCAUAUACUGAUGUUUUCAAAUUACCAUACAUGCCAGUUGGACUAGGUAUUUGGGGUAUUACUUCCUUUUGUGGGCCAUCAACUGGACCGUUCUUUGGUAGUAUUUUAACUGUUAAAGGUAGUUGGCAAUGGAACUUCUGGUUUCUAGCAAUUUCGUCAGGGGUUUGUUUUAUACCUUUUUUUUCUUCUUACCCGAAUCCUAUGGAAAGACAGUUCUUUAUAGAAGAGCACAAAGGUUAA